AUGGAACAAAAAACCUCUGAAUUUCAUAAACGUCUCACUGAAUGGGCGGACCGUCUACCGCAAUGUCUAAAGACCGGGAAGGACCCCGAAAUUCCGCACAUCUUAUGCCUACAAAUGUAUUACCACGCCAUUCUCAUCGCCAUUUACAACCCUCACAGGUUGUCACGCGAAAAACUUAUGCCAUACACGAAUUACGACACAAUCAACCCAUCGCAAGCCCUCACCAUCUGUCUAUCCUCCGCCCGUAGCAUCGGCCACUGGAUGCAGAUGUACCGAACCACGUGGGGCCUCGAACACAUGCCUAUUUUCCACAUUCAAUGGGUCCAAGCGGCCCUGUUCAUUCUCUUAGAAAACCUCCAGAAGGCUGACAACUGCGAAGCGUUCAUUAUCCUCAGCAUUGCAGCGAAGGCAUUCUCGCGACGGUUCGAGAAGGCUAAGCGCCUCCUACGGUCGCUCCAGGAAACGGCGCGAGAAUUGAGGAUUAAUUUACCAGUAGAGGUAGCUCCGUUGUUCAUCGAAAUAGAUGGUCAAUGGUUACUGCGCCCGGUGCGAAUUAAAGAAGAGACGAGCGAUACGGCAAGCGGGGACGUAUGA